ACCGUUUUGGCUGAAGCUCCAUGAAGCUAGAACUGAUGCAGUACUUCCUAAAGUUAAUGUCUUGCUCAAAACCCACCAAGGGAUAUAUAGAUCUCACACACAAAACAUAGGGGAUAAAAAAAAAAACGACAGAAUGAAUUCAAACGACGUCGGAGUAGGAUUACAUAAACGAACGACUUAAACGACAGCCCUUCUUCUACACUUUUCUUUUCGAAACAAAUCCCCCGUCUUCUCGAGGAACAAAUGGAUAAGCAGGUUUCAGCUCGCUCUCUCUCUCUCUCAUCCAAUUUGGCGAACUCAUAACACUUUCGAGCACAAUUUCAGUUUCGGGGAAACCCAAAAAGAUGAACUUGAUAGCAUCAUGUAAUCUGAGAACCUCUGCGGUUUCAUUUCCUCCAACAAUAACUAUGAGGAGCUGCUUCUGCAGGCGCUCUCUCUCACCCUACCGCAACUUACCGUUUCCAUUUUGGACGUACCCAUUUCCAUAUACCACCAACAGGACCCAUAUAAUCUACGCCGGGAAGAGAGACUCAGAAGCUGCUGAGCCAGUUCUCAAACCAUCCAUUGUUGAAGAAGUAUCGCUGGUCGAUGAGGAAGACGAGGCUCUCUUUGAUGACUUUGAAGAUGAGACAACAAUGGAUGAUGUUGAUGAUUAUUUUGAAGAAGAGUACGAGGAGGACAAGGCCGAAGUCUGUGCCGGAGAUGGAGUUGGAGGAGGUGGAAUUUCCCUUGCUGGGACCUGGUGGGACGAAGAAGCACUAAGAAUGGCAGAAGAGGUUUCCCAAUCCUUCGAUGGUGACUUGAGAAUAUAUGCCUUUAAAACAAUGUUGAAUUCCACCAUUCAAGUGCGCAUCGAGAAGCUCUCAAACAAGUCUGGUUCCCCCAGCAUGGAAGAUAUUGAAGCUUUUUCAGCAACCUAUAGAGCACGUUUGGAUGAAGCAGAGCUCAGUAAAUCAAUACCUGAGAAUAUAUCUUUGGAGGUAUCAUCUCCUGGUGUUGAAAGGGUAGUUCGGAUUCCACACGACCUUGAUCGAUUCAAGGAUCGGCCUAUGUAUGUGAAAUAUGCCAAUCAGGUUGCAGCAAAUAGUUCAUCAGUAGAAAGUGAUGGUGUUUUCAGGCUUGUUUCUUUUGACAUGGAAAGUAAAUGCUGCACUUGGGGUCUAGCCAAUGUGAGGAUAAAUAGAGAGAAAGCAGGGAAAGGGAGACCACUUAGCAAAAAGCAAAGGGAGUGGCGUUUGAACACACCAUUUGAUUCCUUAUGUUUAGUCCGGUUGUAUUCUGAUAUUUGAUAGUUUUAUUUUUUAUAGUUCUCUGUAAAAAUCAUGUGCCUCUCCAGGAAACUCCCUAAAUAUUCUUAGAUAUAGCAUUGCACAUAAAUAAUUCUCCAUUCUUUAAAAUUCA